AUGGGACCCCCUCAAGCCGACCUCAGUUCCAAUCGGAAUGCCAACGCAUCUGCCGAUUCCAAUGAAUCAGUCAUUUCACCUUCGGGUCACAACGGUUUCGUGGAUUCUCCUCUAGAUGAAAAGCCCAAUGUGCUAGACCAGCCUACAGAAGAUAUUUUACCCAGAGAUCGACAACAGAAGACUGCCACGUAUGAUUACGCCUAUGAGAAGUCCAUGAGUCACGCCGAGUCAAGACUCUUCUAUCAACAUCAUCAGCUGGCCGCACGGAACGACAAUACCUUGCCUUCGAGUCCUGUGGCCCCAACUCGUCCAUCAAUUGACACCCACUCCGACGAAUCACUGGUCGACGUACCGGAUUCGAUGAUUGCUCAAAGUCGAAUCUCACACGAAGGGUCUAUGGUCGUAGAGUCCGAUUCCUCAACACUACAUCUGCAGUCGGUCGAUGGUCCUGACAACGACCACAGUGCCUACUACCUUGGAGAUCAUGAAGAUGAGGCGAAUGAAUCUGCUCGGAACCAGGCAGUACAUCUGAACUCUGUGCAUGGGCAGGGACCACACUCGGCGGUGCCGGGAAGUCUGCUGGGCGCCGGUGUGGGGAUCAAAGGGCCUCAGGUUGCCAGUGGAUUCGCAUCUAGCAGUGAUGCUGUGACGUCUGAGUUAAACGCUAUCUACGGCAAAAUCAAACAUCUGCUUGAUCGGCGAGCCCACUACAUGGACCUCUCUUUACAGGGACCCGGAGAUGAUCCCAAGAACCAACCGGACUGGAAGAUCUAUCCGCCCCCUCCGGAACCAGCUUGGGAUGAUGGCAAGGAGUAUCAACCUGGCAAUGCCAGUGGUCCAUCUGACCUUGGAGGAAAGAAGAGGAAGAUGGGUCAAGACAUUGGCGAGGAUUUUGACAUGGAAGAAUUGCUCCCCCUGCCCGAGGAAUCGACCUGGACGUAUCGACUGGAUGGUAACAGCGUGUACCAGGUAUUCGAGUCCGAGGCCGCUGCUGAUGAGCAAAAGCCCAUCGUCCAGAUUCCCUCUUUGCGCGAUUUCUAUAUGGAUCUUGAUGCCGUCGUGGAUGUGUCGACCGAUGGACCUGCUAAGAGCUUUGCAUUCAAGCGGCUUUCGUAUUUGGAGGGCAAGUUCCAACUGUAUGCGCUACUCAAUGAAUAUCAGGAGAUGGCGGACAGCAAGAAGGUUCCCCACAGGGACUUCUAUAACGUGCGGAAAGUGGAUACCCACGUUCAUCAUUCCGCUUGCAUGAAUCAGAAGCACCUUCUUCGCUUCAUCAAGAGCAAAAUGAGAAAGUCCCCGGAUGAAGUCGUCCUUUUCCGAGAUGGAAAACAUUUGACCUUGAGAGAGGUUUUUGAGAGUAUCAAUUUGACUGCUUAUGACCUGAGUAUCGAUACAUUGGAUAUGCACGCACAUACUGACUCUUUCCACCGAUUCGACAAAUUCAAUUUGAAGUAUAAUCCAGUCGGGGAAUCUCGGCUGCGUGAAAUCUUCCUCAAGACAGACAACUACAUCAAAGGUCGUUACCUGGCAGAGAUUACCAAGGAAGUGAUCUCGGAUUUAGAAUCCAGCAAAUACCAGAUGGUUGAAUGGCGCAUCUCGAUAUACGGUCGUUCCAUCCAAGAAUGGGACAAGCUUGCGGCCUGGGUGGUGGACAAUAAGCUGUUCUCGCCCAAUGUUCGCUGGCUUAUUCAAGUCCCGCGACUCUAUGAUGUGUACAAAUCAAGCGGCAUGAUGGAGAACUUUGAGCAGGUGAUCACCAAUGUCUUCCAGCCCUUGUUUGAAGUGACUAAAGACCCUUCGAGUCACCCGAAACUCCAUAUCUUCCUCCAGCGAGUGGUUGGGUUUGACAGUGUGGAUGACGAGAGCAAGCCCGAGCGCCGGCUGUAUAGGAAAUAUCCUAUCCCCCGAGAAUGGAACACCAAACAGAAUCCGCCUUACACAUACUGGUUAUACUUCAUGUUUGCCAACAUCGCUUCCCUGAACAAUUGGCGGAAAUGCCGAGGAUUCAACACUUUUGUUCUUCGGCCUCAUUGUGGAGAAGCAGGCGACCCGGAUCAUCUGGCUGUCGGCUUCCUUUGUUGCCACAGCAUCAGUCACGGUAUCCUGCUGCGCAAAGUACCUCUCUUGCAGUACCUCUACUAUCUGGAUCAAAUUGGCAUUGCUAUGUCACCACUCAGUAACAAUGCUUUAUUCCUCACGUAUGACAAGAACCCCUGCGCGAGUUUUUUCAAGCGAGGACUUAAUGUGUCCUUGUCUACCGAUGAUCCAUUGCAGUUUGCCUUCACAAAGGAGCCUCUCAUUGAGGAAUACUCAGUUGCAGCACAGAUCUAUAAAUUCAGUGCGGUCGAUAUGUGUGAACUCGCCAAACAUUCGGUUGACCAAAGUGGAUUUGAGCUUUCUCUCAAGGAAAGAUGGCUUGGCUCGGGUUGUUCUUUGCCGGGAGUUGCUGGUAACAAUGUUGCCAAAAGCAAUGUGCCCGAUAUACGCGAAGCGUUCCGAUACGAGACUCUGCUCGCAGAAUUGUCCUUGAUUGAACGAUACUCUGAGAGCAACGGGACUGAAGAGCAGAGGAUUUCGAUUCCAGGUCCACCAGCGGAAGCAAAGGCUUCAAACCACGAUCACCCUACAGUCAACCCUAGACCGCAGUCUGAGUUGCGCUCAAGUUCCAUAGACGCUAUGGAUACUUCACAGAAAGAUCUUCAACCCACAAACCAGAUGGCCACGUCCCCAUCGACUCCAUCCACACACCUCGCCCGGUCGCCUCGUAUUUCCACGGGUGAGUUCUCGUUACCUGGUAGCAGCACUGCGCUUGGGACAGGUGUAGGAGGUGCAGAUGGAUCGCCAGAGCAGAAAAUCUUCCCGGGAAUCGUCCAUGAGAGGGCCCGAAAGGGAAAUAUGCAUCAGUAG